CCGGAGCGGGAGGGGGCGCCCCCUCAAGUGAUCGGCCGGUGACCAGGCCUCUUUCACCCCCCCCUCCUCCGGCCCGCCGCUCCUGCGCCCGCGGGCCGCGGGGAACCGGCCGCGGUGGGGCCCGUGGGAGGGGGGCGGCCCGAGGGGGAGGCCGGGGGCCUGGGGGCAGAGGCACCCCCCCCCCCCCAAACAGCCCCCCGGGGGUACGUGUCCCACACCGUCCUCCUGCGCAGGCAGCAGCCGCCCGCUGAGGGCCGUGGUGUGGGCUGGCUUCGGGGGAGCCCGGGCCCUGCCAGGCAGCGCCGCCCCCUCCCCCUCCCUGAGCGGUGUCCUGGCCAGGGCGGGGUGGCGCUGGACUCCCGUCACAGGGUUGGGGCACCUCGGAGCCGCGGUGUGGCAGGCCUUCCCAACGGGCCUGCCGAAGCCUUUGGAUGGCAGGCUCCCUGUCCCCCCAGUGCCUGUGGGAUGGAGACGGAGCUGGCAAACCCUUGGAUGGAUGAGGAUGCUGCAGGGUCUCCCUGCCAGCACCUGGACAGGGCAGCCCGAGGAAGGGAUGAGCCAAGCUCAGCCACAGACAGUGGAACAGACUUCGUGGCUCCUUUGGCAGGCCCGGGGACUGAGGGGUGAUGGCGGACGAGCUGCUCAUGAAGGUGCGGACAGCCUUUGUGGAGCGUGUGAGCAAGCCGCUGAUCUCUAGACUGCUGGACGAGCUGCUGGCCCAAGGGGUGCUGAGCCUCGAGGAGGUGGAUGAAGUGCAGGAUAGAUACGUGGUGCGCACUGACAAGGCCCGCUGCCUCAUUGACACUGUGCGCCUGAAGGGCCCCAAGGCCAGCCAGAUCUUCAUCAACAACCUCAGGAAGCACGAUGGCACCUUGGCAGAGCAGCUGGGUCUGGCUGCUGACUCGGGGCUUCCUGGUGCGCAGCUGGCCUCCCCCAGCACUGAGGCCCCCCUUGGGCCCCCCAUCAGCAUCCAGGGCCAGCAGUGGAUCCGGCAGUGCUCCCUGAGCGAGUACCAGCGCAUCAGGGACACAGAGGGAGACCAGAUCUAUCCUAUCCAUCUACCGCGGGAGACGCGAACCCGUAGGGCCCUGCUCAUCUGCAACAUUGAGUUUGAGCACUUGAGCCGGCGGGAUGGGGCUGAAGUGGAUGUAAAGGGGAUGACAGAGCUGCUGGAAGGGCUGGGCUACAUAGUGGACAUCCAUUGCAACUUAACUUCCCAGGGGAUGGCUACAGUCAUGAAGGAUUUUGCAGAUCACAAAGACCACUGGACCUCUGACAGCACCUUCCUGGUCUUCAUGUCCCAUGGGGUCAGGGCUGGGCUCUGCGGGACCAAGAGCAGAGGCGAGACCACAGACAUCCUUUCCCUUGACACCAUCUACGAGAAAUUCAACAACAAGCACUGCCGGGGACUGCUGGGCAAACCCAAACUGGUCAUUAUUCAGUCCUGUCGUGGAGACAAGGUAGGGUUCGUGAUGGUGAGCGACUCUGCAGACCCUGCCAUGCCCGCUUCCAGCUCAGCUCACACGAUCCCUGCAGGGCUGGAAGAUGACGCAAUCUGUGAAGUCCACCUAGAGAGUGAUUUUGCCACUUUACAUUCCUCCACGCCUGAUACUGUCUCCUGGAGAAGCCCAAAAACAGGCUCCAUUUUCAUCCAGCGCCUGAUAGAGCAGUUUCGAAACCAUGCCUGUAACAGUGACUUACAGGAGCUCUUCCGAAAGGUCCAAUAUUCCUUUGGAAAAUUCCCUCAGCAGUUGCCAUCACAAGAACGGACUACAAUGCUCAGGAAGUUCUACCUCUUCCCAGGCUGCUGAUCUCCUUGCCCAUGGUGAAAAAAUAAUACACAGAUAGCAAGUGUUUGAAUUUGGGGUAACACAGCAGAAAGCUCAAGUUCAAGGUGAACACAGCCCUGUUCCAGAGAGAAAGGACAAGAGAAAAAUCCAAGCAGCUCUGCAGAAACACAGUUAAUCUCUAAACCUGCUACCUGUGCCUCCUCUGCUAGGCAAUUACAGACCUGGAAUAAAAUAUUCCUUGA